AUGCGGAGGGUGGUUGUUACUGGCUUGGGCGCGGUGACGCCUCUUGGUGUUGGCACUCGUCGCAUCUGGUCUCGUCUGCUCGACGGCCACUGCGGGAUUGUCAAUAUCACGCAUCGCCAUCCCCGUUUCGCCGAUAUCCCGUCACAGAUUGCGGCUGUUGUGCCGGCCGGUGCUCGCAAGGAUGGCGGCUGGACGCCUUCGGACUGGUUGACUCGUGAUGAAGAGCGCAAAAUGGCACUAUUUGCCCAAUUCGCCAUGGCGGCUACCCACGAAGCCCUCGACGAUGCCGCCUGGAGGCCGACGUCGCCGGAGCAGUGCGCUGAAACUGGCGUCUGUCUGGGCUCUGGUAUCGGCAAUUUCGAAGAAAUCUACAACACCGUCGUGUCCUAUGAACAAAGCGGAUACAAAAAGAUCUCGCCUUUGUUUGUCCCGAAGCUGCUGAUCAAUCUCGGCGCAGGGCAUAUCUCCAUGAAAUUCGGCUUUACAGGCCCGAAUCAUGCUGCCACUACUGCAUGCACCACCGGCGCCCACUCUAUCGGAGACGCUGCCCGUUUUAUUGCCUUUGGUGAUGCAGAUGUCAUGGUUGCCGGGGGUGCUGAAUCGUGUAUUCAUCCAUUGGCUCUUGGAGGCUUUGCGCGCGCGCGAAGCCUGGCUACGGGCUACAAUGACAAUCCAACAAAAGCCUCGCGUCCGUUUGAUGCGGAUCGCCAGGGCUUUGUUGUUGGCGAGGGGGCUGCCGUUUUAGUUCUCGAGGAACUCGAGCACGCUAGAGCCCGCGGCGCCCGCAUCUACGCUGAGCUCAAAGGCUACGGCACCUCCGGCGAUGCAUACCACAUGACCGCGCCCAAAGAAAACGGCGAGGGCGCGCUGGCAGCCAUGAGAAAGGCUCUCCGAAACGCCAAUAUUCCGCCUGCCGCGGUGGAUUAUAUCAACGCGCACGCCACGUCGACGAUUGUCGGCGAUGCGGCGGAAAACGCAGCCAUAAAGGCUUUACUUAUCGACCAAAAAGGGAAACGAGAUGCGAAAGAAAUCAAUGUGAGUGGGACCAAAGGUGCCAUUGGGCAUUUGUUGGGUGGUGCUGGUGCUAUUGAGGCCAUUUUUGCGGUUUUGGCGAUACAUGAGACAAGAAAUUAUCAACAAGCGGGCAGGAUAUAUACAUCGUCUACAAUAAAACCUUGCCAACAUACAGACAGCCUCCUGUUCAACCUUGAACCCGUCCCCAACGCGACCAUGGCGACGACCAACGGAGCUGCAGGCCGAGCCUCGUCCGUGUCCUCAAACGCAAGCAACCUGGUCGACGCGUCGGGCUACAAGUUCUCUGACAAGGAUACCAAGCCGGGCAAGAUCAAGCUGAAGAAGCAGGCGUCGUCUGGCAAGGGCGGCGCCAAGACCGGCGGCAAGGCCGAAGACCCCGGAUCCCCAGGUGGCACCCCCGUUCUCCCCGAAAUGGACGCAAAGACGCUGGCCGCCUUCCCGUCUGGAAAACCGCGCGAAGACGAGCUGGAAACCGUCAUUUGCAAGCACUGCAAACGGCCGCAAUUGAAACAGACAGCAGCGGAACAUAUCCGAGGGUGUCUAAGGGCAAAACAAGAGAAAGCGCGACGCAAAAAGGAGGCUCGCGACGCCAAGAACCAGCAGGCCAAGGUUGUUGACAAGGACGCCGAUGACAACGACGACAAGGAGGAAGACGGCAUUGUCGGCGGGCAAAAGAGCGCCAAAAAGAGCGCCGUCAAGGGCAUGGCUGAUGGCGAGGGACCGAAAAAGGGCAAGAAACGCAAGGCCGACGGCGACGAUGAAAAAGAAACAAACAGCAAAGAGCCCAAGAAGAAGAAAAAGAAGGAAGAACCAAAACCAAAAGUGCCCAAGCCAAAGGGCCCCGUCGAUGUCGAGAAGCAGUGUGGUGUCACUCUGCCAAAUGGUGCCCAGUGCGCCAGGUCGCUUACGUGCAAGAGCCACUCGAUGGGCGCAAAGCGUGCUGUCCCUGGACGCACGCUUCCAUAUGAUAUGCUGCUGCAAAUGUAUCAGAAGAAGAACCAGGCUCGCCAACAAAGUCAGUUCACUUUCAUUUCUGUCUUUUGUUUUCUGUCUUUCGUGCAUGCUAACAACCUCCAAGAAGCCGCAAUUGAUGCAAACGCCCCCCUGCAAGACGAAUUCGAGACCAACGGUCCCGUCGACUCGGACGAAGAGCGCGACGCUGUCAUGGCCGCUAUAUCACUCUCACGCCCGGCACCGCUCGUUACUCACACCCUCGUGCCAACCCGCAAGAAAUACCACUACGUGCGCAUGAAGGAGAUGCUGUCCAAUGUGCUCGGGAGCGCUCGCGGCGGCGGAAUUUUCUCUACAAGCCAACCAAAUGGCGACUCCAUUGGGCUUUUUCAGACCGAAAGUCCUACGACCAUGACAGCGCCAGCAUUGCCCGAGGCGACGUCUGGCGACCACCUCAAGAAACCAACAACCACACAAACCACAACAACCAACCGCCCUUCCAAUACCCCUGCCUCGAAGACGACGGUGGCGGCCGGCUCGUAG